AUGGCUGUACCUGUGCGCAACCUCUGGUUUCGGGCACUUUACCAAAAACUAUCUUGCCGUGAUCUACUUGAUGCUCCUCCAAUUUCCAAAUUUCGUGACACACGUAUUAUUUGCGUUACUGAUUGCCGUUUCGAAGCCCAGGGCAUCAUUGGCGCCACCGCAUACAUUCUAACCAUAGCAGCACCCAUCGUUCUAUUGAAUUGCUACGUAUUUGUCAACUGUCUCAGGUUAGGCGUUGCCGGCAUCUUCGCCUCAUUUUUGUUCAAUAACGCCAUCACAUUUGCAUUAUUGGUUCUGUACACGACCAAAAUCGAAGGUUCUCAAGGCUGGAGUGGAUGA